AUGAUCACUGUCAGUUACGAAAACCAGGCUUCUGGUGUAAUGCUCUCAAUUCCAACUUUUAGAAAAGAUUUCGGCCAUGCCUUCGGAGACCAGUAUGUCUUGGACAGUAAAUGGCAAUCUGCCAUUUCUGGUGGCCCGUUGGCUGGUGUUGUGAUUGGAUGUGCAGUUGCCCCAUCCAUCAGUGAUCUUAUUGGCAGAAAGAACUCCCUUUUGAUUUCAAUGGCCACUACCAUUCCCUCUGUUGCUAUUGAAUUUGUUGCUACCUCCAUUGGUGUUUUCUUUGCAGGUAAAGUUUUGAACAGUUUUUUCUUGGGCAUUGUGCUUACUGUUGGAACUAUGUACAUGGCUGAAAUCACUCCUUUGGCCUUAAGAGCACUCGGAACGGUGGCUAUUAGUUUGUCUAUGUGUAUCGGACCAUUGGUGGUGUCAAUCAUCACAUACGGUGUUUCUGACCGUCCAGACAGGUGGGCAUAUAGAUCUAUCUUAUGUUCACAAUGGUUUUUCGGUGUUGUGUCCCUGAUUUUGAUUUUCUUCCUUCCAGAGUCUCCUUAUCAUCAUCUCUUGAAAGACAACGAUGAGAAGGCAAUGCUGAGUCUUCGCAAAAUCUAUGGAGAUGAAGAGGUCGCAGCUAAGCAACUUGAGAUUAUGAAGAGUGGAGUAGAACUGACAAGAAGUUUGGCUGCAGAGGGCUCUUUCUUGGAGUUGUUCGACAAAAAAAAUCUCAUGAGAACGAUAAUCGGUGCAUCUCCCUUCAUCAUGCAAUCUUGGAGUGGUUUGAUGUAUGUGGCUGUUUACCUGACAUACUACGUUCAGCUUCUUGGUUUCGGUACUUUGAAAUCUUUCCAGGUGGGUGUUGCUGCGCAAACCCUCUCUACUGCUGGUGCCAUUGUUGCACUAAUUAUCAUCGACCGUUUAGGAAGACGUGUCAUUAUUUUGUUUGGUAUGGCUAGUCUUGCUCUUUUGAACUUGUUGACUGCUUGCCUUGGAAUGAAAACGGAACGUCCUUACUUGACUGCAGCUGUGGCCUUUUUGACUAUGUUUAACUUCUUCUACAACUGUGGUAUUGGACCAGUUGCAUAUGCUAUCUCCACUGAGGUUCCCACUGCAAGUUUGAAAGGCAAGACCAUCUCAUUGGGAUUGGUUGGUUCAAACUCUCUUAGCACAAUGUGGUUGUUCGUCCUUCCUUACAUGUUCAACCCAGAUGAGGCCAACAUGGGCUCCAAAAUCAAUUUUAUUUAUGGAGCCGCUUGUCUCCUCUCAUUGUCUUUUUUCUACUUCUACUUGCCAGAGACUAAUGGCCGUUCCUAUGAAGAAAUUGACGAAAUGUUUAAGAGAGAUAUCCCAGCCAGGCAGUGGAAAGGAUACAAAUUUGAGAAUGACCCCAACAAUGUCAGUGAGAAGCCAUGA